UGGCGCAUGCACGGCUCAGCUGGUAUAUACCAAUAAAAAAAAGGUUAUUUGCCGAAUUAAAAUAAUAUAUUUUUUACUUGUUAUUUUUUCAAUCAAAUAAAACAAGUGCUGGACACUGUAAUAUUCAUAAAAUAGGAGAUAAAAUGGAUUUGAAUGAUGUGGUAUUUGUUGAUGCAAAAGUGUCAUUGCAUCAUUGCACUUAGUUAAUGAAUGAAAAAAAAGAAAAAGAAACCUAUAAAUUCACAAGGUAUCAUUUACAAUAUUAUUAUUUCUUUUUUUUUUUUUUUAUUUAUUUAUUAUUUUUAAUGAGUCAACAAGACAAGUGGUGGAAUAAGUUAAACGUGUCAUUGUGAAAAUAAUAAUAAAUAUAUAGGUGUAUAUUAUAAAAAUUGAUAGUGUGUGAAAAAAAAAAAAAGUGUAAAAGAAAAACAAAUAAUAAUAAAUAUGGAGGGUGUUCGUGAUGAAGAUAGAAACAAACGUUUAAAAAUGUUGGAGGAUAAAAUAAAAGAUCCAAGAAGUGUAUCAAAUAUUGAUUGUUUAUUAGAUACUGUACAGGCACUUGUUGCUGAUUGUGAUCAUUCAAGUGUUAAACGAAUGAAAAAUAUUGAAACUUAUAUGAAUCGAUAUGAUUCAGUUGCUCGUGAUAUAUGUAAAAUGCGCAUGCGUACUGAUGAUUUUACAUUAAUUAAAGUAAUUGGACGUGGUGCAUUUGGUGAAGUACAAUUGGUACGUCAUAAUUCAACAAAAAAAGUAUAUGCUAUGAAAUUAUUGAGUAAAUUUGAAAUGAUAAAACGUUCAGAUUCAGCAUUUUUUUGGGAAGAACGUGAUAUAAUGGCACAUGCAAAUUCCGAAUGGAUUGUACAAUUACAUUUUGCAUUUCAAGAUAAUAAAUAUCUUUAUAUGGUUAUGGAUUAUAUGCCUGGUGGUGAUUUAGUUACUUUAAUGGGUAAUUAUGAUGUACCAGAAAAAUGGGCAAAAUUUUAUUGUGCUGAAGUUGUAUUAGCACUUGAUGCUAUUCAUAAUAUGGGUUUUGUACAUAGAGAUGUUAAACCAGAUAAUAUGUUACUUGAUAAAUAUGGACAUUUAAAACUUGCUGAUUUUGGUACAUGUAUGAGAAUGGAUAGUGAUGGUUUAGUUAGAUCAGAUACUGCAGUUGGUACACCAGAUUAUAUAUCACCAGAAGUAUUACAAUCACAAGGUGGUGAAGGUGUUUAUGGACGUGAAUGUGAUUGGUGGUCUGUUGGUGUAUUUUUAUAUGAAAUGUUAGUUGGUGAUACACCAUUUUAUGCUGAUUCACUUGUUGGUACAUAUUCAAAAAUUAUGGAUCAUCGUAAUUCAUUAGAAUUUCCAACUGAAUUUGAUAUAUCUGAAUUAGCUAAAAAUUUAAUAUCAGCAUUUUUAAUUGAUCGUAAUAAUAGAUUAGGUAGAAAUGGUAUUGAUGAAAUUAAAUUACAUCCAUUUUUUAAUAAUGAUCAAUGGACAUUUGAUAAUUUACGUGAAUGUGUACCACCAGUUGUACCAGAAUUAUCUGGUGAUGAUGAUACAAGUAAUUUUGAUGAAGUUGAAAAAGAAGAUACAUCUGAAGAAAGUUUUCCAAUACCAAAAGCAUUUUCUGGUGAUCAUUUACCAUUUAUUGGUUUUACAUAUUCUGGUGAUUAUAAAUAUCUUAAUAAUAAUAAUAAUAAUAAUAGUAAUAAUAAUAAUAAUUGUGGUAAUGAAAGUGUUGAUGGACAUGAUAAUCAUAUUAAUAAUAAUGGUAUUAUUAAUGAUGAUAUUAAAAUAACACAAUUAGAAAAUAUAAUUGAAAAUGAAAAAAGACAAGUUGAACUAUUAGAACAACGUCAUCGUACAUUAACAACACAAUUUGAAGAAUUAACACAACGUGAAAUAAUAUUACGUGAUGAAGCUGGACGUGCUGAUAAAGAUUUAACAAUAUUACGACAUAAUUAUAAAGAAAUACAACGACGUAUUGAUCAUGAAAUUGAUUUACGUAGAAAAGCUGAAAAUUUAUUAGCUGAUUUAAAAAAAAAAUUUGAUGAUGAACAAAAUAAAAGAGCUAGAGAUGCAACAACAUUUCAACAAACAUCUGAUAGAGUACGUACACUUGAAAAACAAAUUAAAGAAAUGCAAUCAAAACUUGAAAGAGAUACUGAAUCAGCAACAAGAGUUAGAAAUUUAUCAACUGAAGUUGCUGUUGGACGUGAAACAAUAAAACAAUUAGAAAAUGAAUUACAACAAUCAAAAAUAUUAUUACAAACACAAACAGAUGUAUUACAACAAGAAGUUGCAACAUUACAAGGACAAUUAUCAAAAGAACGUAGUUCAAGAAGUCAAGCAUCAAAUUUAACAGCUGAACUUGAAUCACGUUUAUCAUCAUUAUAUACUGAACUUGAACGUAGUCGUGAAAAAGAAGAAAAAGCAACACAAGAUAAUAGACAACUUAAUGAACGUGUAUCAGCAUUAGAAAAAGAAGCAGCUAGUUUAUCAUUGGAACUUAAAGCAGUACAAUCAAAAUAUAAACAAGAAGUUCUUGCACAUCAUGAGACUGAAAGAUCAAGAAUGUUAUCAAAAGAAGAAGCAAAUAUGGAAGCUGUAAAAGCUUUACAAGUCAAGCUCAAUGAAGAAAAAAAUGGCAGACAAAGAGCUGAAUUAUUGGCACAAGAAAAAGAACGUCAAACAUCAAUGUUGUCAGUUGAUUAUCGUCAAAUACAACAAAGAUUACAAAAACUUGAGGGUGAACAUAGACAGGAAGUUGAAAAAGUUAAAGCAUUACAAGGACAAGUUGAACAAGAACAACAAAAACGUAAUGUAUUACAAACAGAAUUAGCACAACAAUCAUCAGAUGCUGGUAGAUUACGUGCACGUGAACAACAGCUUGUUGUUGAAGUUGGUCAAUUACGUGAAGCUAAACGUCAAAUUGAAGAAGAAUUACAUAAUUUAAAAACACAAAGAAAUGUUGAUUUAUUACAAACAAAAGAAUUACAAGAACAACUUGAAGCUGAAGCAUAUUUUUCAACAUUAUAUAAAACUCAAACACAAGAAUUACGUGAAGAACUUGAUGAAAAAACUCGUAUACAACAAGAAUCAGAUGAAGAAAGAAUUUCAUUGGUACAUCAAUUACAAUUAUCAUUAGCACGUGGUGAUAGUGAAGCAUUAGCACGUUCAAUUGCUGAAGAAACAGUUGCUGAUUUAGAAAAAGAACGUACAAUGAAAGAAUUAGAAUAUAAAGAUGGUCUUGUUAAACAUCAUCAUGAAAUUGCAACAAAAGAACAAAUUAUCAAUAGAUUAAAAGAUAAUGAAAAUGAAUUAAAAAAAAAUAUUGAACAACAUAUUAAAGAUAAAGAUGAACUUAAUAAAAAAAUUAAAGAAAAUAAUGAUGAACUUAUUAAAUCACAAAUUGAUCAAGAUGAAGUUGAUAAAUUAAAUGCUAAAGUUAAAACUGAACAAUUAUUAAAACAACAAGCAAUUAAUAAAUUAACACAAGUACUUAAUAGAAAAGAUAUGGUUGUGGUACAUGGUGGUAAAAAUAAAAAAGCAUCAUCUGCUGAUUUACGUAGAAAAGAAAAAGAAUGUCGUAGAUUACAACAAGAAAUAACACAAGAACGUGAAAAAUAUUCACAAUUUACAGCUAAAUUUCAAAAAGAUUUUCAAGAUUUACAAGCUCAACUUGUUGAAGAAAAUCAAUCAAAAUUACGUUUACAAAUGGAAUUAGAUUCAAAAGAUUCAGAAAUUGAAACAUUACAAAUGAAAAUAUCAUCAAUGAAUUCAGAAACAGCAAGUGUAUCAUCAAUUGAAAAUGAUGGUGAUGAUUCUGUAUUACCAGAUCAUGGUGCAAGAAGACUUGAAGGAUUUUUACAUGUACCAAAUAAACAAAAUAUUAAAAGACACGGUUGGAAAAAACAACUUGUAAGCUUUCAUGUUAGAUCAGUUACACAAGGUGAUGUUAUUAGAGCAGACGCCAAAGAUAUUCCUAGGAUAUUUCAGUUACUUUAUGCUGGUGAAGGUGAAGCAAGACGUCCUGGUGAUGAAGGAAAUACAUUACCAACUCCAGAGUUACCUCAAUUGACUGAUAAACCUGGUACUCAACCAGUUAAAGGUCAUGAAUUUAUUUCAAUAUCAUAUCACAUGCCAACAACAUGUGAAGUAUGCUCUAAACAACUUUGGCACAUGUUUAGACCACCACCAGCACUUGAAUGUCGAAGAUGUCAUAUAAAAGUACAUAAAGAACAUCAAAAAGAAGAUACGAUUGCACCUUGUAAAUUACAUUAUGAUCCAAAUAGUGCACGUGAACUUUUAUUACUUGCUGGUAGUCCAGAUGAUCAAAAAUAUUGGGUAACACGUUUAUCAAGACGCAUACAAAAAUGUGGAUAUAAAGCAAAUUCACAUGUUGAUUGUACUGGACAACGUGUAUCACCAAGAGAAUCAACAAGAUCAACACUCAAGCCAUUUUUAUCUGUUCAACAAAGAUCUGCAACUUUACCAGCAAAUGCAAGCAUGGGAAAAUAAAAACGAAAUCAAUUUUUUUUUUUUCUUUGAUUAAUUUUUUCUCUAAUUAUUAUACAAAUUUGAUGAAGCUAAAAAGCUCGCCAGUGCUAUUAAUCAUGUUGCUUCGUUAUGAUAAUAGAACCUGAUAAAAAACAACAAGAAAAAAAAAAAGAAAAACGAAUCUCAAUUGUCAAAA